UUAAUUAAUUCUACGAGCACAAGUAGUGGAUAAGAUAAAAUUUUUCGCAAUUGUACGUACUACGUACCUAUACGUAUCGUACUUACCUAUUGCUAAUUUUUCAAAUAAAUUUUUUCAAUUAUGAGCUUUAAAUUGUGACAGCAGUUUUCCUGUUUUUUAGGUGCCGUACAAAAGUCGAUGUAAUUUUGUUCAAAAUGAUGUUGAAUUUUUUGCUGACAAGUUCGAUAGUGAUUGUUGGACAAACGCUGGUAAUAUCCGCUUCGGAUGUAAAAUUAAAAUCAUUGGAACCGCUUUAUUUGACACAUUACAUCACAUCAGGACGUAUAGAAGAAGGACGAAAAGAAGCCGAAGUAAACCCAUUUCUCGAAGGAAUUAAAAGCUACUCUGGUUAUUUCACCGUACACGAAAGGUACAAUUCUAACUUAUUUUUUUGGUAUUUUCCUUGCAAAAGCAAAAAUUCGAGUAAUUCGGAAGCUCCGUUGGUAAUAUGGCUGCAAGGUGGCCCCGGCGCGUCUUCGUUAUUCGGCUUAUUUACAGAAAACGGACCUUACGAGUUCAAAAAAGGUAAACUAGGUUACCGGAAGUACGCUUGGACAAAUGAUUUCAACGUGUUGUAUAUCGACAAUCCAGUCGGCACGGGGUUUAGUUUCACCGACGAUGACGAACACGGUUACGCAACCAAUCAGGCAACCAUAGGUGAAAAUCUGCACGAAGCGUUGAGGCAAUUUUUAAUCUUGUUUCCAAAUUUACAAAAAUCUGGAAUAAUAAUCAGCGGCGAAUCUUACGCCGGCAAAUACAUACCGUCAUUAGCGUAUACCAUUUUGAACAAACCUAAUACAAAUCCCUCUAUAAAUAUCGCAGGAUUAUUAAUCGGUAAUCCGAUGAUAAGCCCCGAACAUAUGCUUCACUACAACGAAUAUCUAUACUCGCACGGUUUAGUCGACGCUAAUGGACAACAGGAACUUAAAAAACAGGAGGAUAAAAUGAGGAAUAAAAUCAGAGCGGGCAAAUGGAAAGAAGCCAGCGAGCUAAUGAGCAGUACUUUUUUCGGCAUGGAUGAUUCCAAUACGUUAUUUUACAAGUUGACCGGCCUGCAACAAUAUUUCAAUCUAUUGAAAGAAAAAACCGCCUCGACAGAAUUUAUAACUUUUCUGAAUCAACCGCAUAUUCGAAAAGCUCUGCACGUCGGUUACCGCAGAUUUAGCGAAAGUACUUUAAAAGUAUUCAAUCGAUUACAAGAGGAUAUAAUGAAAAGUAUGAAACCGAUUUUCGAAACGGUGCUGGAAAAUUACCCAACCUUAGUUUUCACCGGACAACUUGAUAUCAUAUGUCCUUGGUAUUUACAAGAAAAUUUGCUUUUACACUUGUCGUGGAGCGGAGCUUGGGAAUACUAUACAGCUGAGCGAAAGCCUUUUCAUUUGAAUCAAUAUUUGGUUGGAUAUUACAAAACGGCGAAAAAAUUCACCGAUAUGAUGAUUAGAAAUGCUGGCCAUAUGGUGCCAACAGAUAAGCCUCGAUGGGCGUUGGAUCUGUUGCAGAAAUUCUCUAAAGGUUAUUUUCUAAAAUAAAUAUUAAAAAAAUCACUAGAUAUCGAGUGUUGGCAAUUGGAAACACAUACGAGCGAAUCCUUUUUAAAAUACGUAAUUAAUUUACGAUAUAUCACGAUGCAAAAUUAAUUAUUCGUGCCAUGGCGAAUAAGUAAGUAGGUAUUCCACGUAUGCGACUGAUGUACCUAUACAUAUAGUGAUGUAUAAUACAUAUUAUGUAGGGUAUGUAGUACCUAUGUAGUAUGUACGUCUAAGUAUGUGGAUGUAAAUCUACAUAUGUAUAGGUAGACUUAAAUACGUACUUUUAUAAUAAUGUAUCUAGGCACCGAAUAAAUCGUUUAGAAAUAAUGUGUACAUAUACAUGUAGGUCAUAGGUAGGUAGGUACCGUAUUUUGAGAAUAAACCGUGUAAAAUAUAA